AUGUGUCCCGGGGGCAGGCGGGCAAUGUCCGCUAUGCGCCUCCGCUACACGCCUCCGCUACGCGCCCUGCGACGGGCAGGCCUGGCCGUACCGGCCAAGCGUCCCGGAGCGGGUGGGCCAUGUCCGCCACGCAUCCCGCGAGGGGCUGGCCAGGCCAUACUGGCGACGUGCCCCGGUCUGGACGGGCAAUGUCCAGGAACUGGCAGGCAGGCCCGGACUAGCCACUCGUCAUGGGGUGGGCGGGCGAUGUAUGCCACGUGUCCCGUGAUGAGUAGGCCAGGGUGGACUGGCUAUGCGCCCUUGGAUGGGCGGGCUGUGCCAGACCGGCCACGGGUCAUAGGGCGGCCAGGCGAUGUCCAACCACGUGUCCCGGGACGGGUGGGCCGUGCCGGACUGGCCACGCAUCCCUGGGCAGGCGGGCCGGGCCAGACUGGCCACGGUUCCCUGGACGGGCAAGCCGGGCCAGAGCAGCCACGCGUCCUGGGAUGGGCAGGAUAG